CCAGUACUACGUGCCGAUAUUAUGUAUCGCACAUCGUGAAGAAAGUAUAUUUACACUGGCUUGGCUACUUUACCUAUAUGCGUAAGAACGAAUACAAAAGUCAGUACCGAUAUCAUCACUAUCCAAGAUGGGCAUUGGGCAAUGUGUGUGCUCAGACAAGUUUUAUAGGUAGCAGGAGGUUGUCGUCAUUACCCCGCCCCGCCUCAGAAAGAGGUGUGGAGCCGGGUAAAUAAAGUCAAAUGCCUGGGUCAUCAUUGCAAUACGCGCCAGAUCGGUGGAUCAAGCAGACGAACGUACCUUGCACUCGCUCGCUUGUCGCUGCAGUCGCUUGCGCACAUUGCUACCUAGGUUCACGUGUAACAAAUAAUGUUAGCAAGAUGCCUGGCAGCAAAAAGGAGCAGAUGAACUUUGAGAUGAGAGCAGAGACAAGCGUGGGCAAUGAAAAGUUUUUCGCGGCCCGCGUCUUUUUAUAUCUACGAAAAAAAGCAUUCGCGCUGAUCUGUACUGAUCACAGAUCACACAGGUGUUUCCAGCUCAGGACUGAGCCGGACCGGCUCAUGGACGGCAGGUGGGUUAUUCUGACGGAUUCAUUGGAAAGCAGGAGGCCGUGACUUGC